AUGCCCAUCUAUCACAUUGUACUCUUCAAGCUCAAGCCGGGUGUCACGGAGGCUCAACUGGCUGAGCUACGCACAGCUGGUCAGGAGAUGGUAGGGCAGAUUCCAGGAUUGCGGUCGUUUCAGAUGGGCGGCGUGUUGGCGUCUACCGCCCAUCGGGCUCAAGGCUUUGAUAUGGGUCUCAUGACCGUCAUGGAGACAGAGGCGGACGUCCUGGCCUAUGCGCCGCACCCUGCGCAUCAAAAAGUCCACGGCAUCCGGGAAGCAUUAUGCACUGACACGAUUGUGUACGAUAUGGUGCUAUAG